AUGGCCUCCGCAAUCUUCUUCCUCGACCUCAAGGGCAAGACGCUGCUCGCGCGCAACUACCGCGGCGACAUCCCCAUGAGCGCCGUCGAGAAGUUCCCCGUCCUCCUCAGCGAAGCCGAAGACGAGUCCUCCUCCGUGCCGCCGUGCUUCAGCGACGAAGGCAUCAACUACCUCUACAUCCGCCACAACAAUCUGUACCUCCUCGCCCUCACCAAACGCAACAGCAAUGCCGCCGAGAUCCUGCUUUUCCUGCACCGCAUUGUUGAAGUCUUCACCGAGUACUUUAAGGAGUUGGAGGAGGAGAGCAUCCGCGACAACUUUGUCAUCAUCUACGAACUCCUCGAUGAGAUGAUGGAUUUCGGCUAUCCGCAGACCACCGAGUCCAAGAUCCUGCAAGAGUACAUCACGCAAGAGUCUUUCAAGCUCGACGUCCAGGCCCGCGCCCCUCCCAUAGCAGUCACAAACGCGGUCAGCUGGCGAAGCGAAGGCAUCCGCUACCGAAAGAACGAAGUCUUCCUCGAUGUCGUGGAAUCGCUCAACCUGCUCGUCAGCUCCUCCGGCAACGUCCUGCGCUCCGAAAUCCUCGGCGCCAUCAAAAUGAAAUGCUACCUCUCCGGCAUGCCAGAGCUACGCCUCGGCCUCAACGACAAAGUCAUGUUCGAGACGACCGGGCGUGCGACGCGGGGCAAAGCGGUGGAGAUGGAAGACGUCAAAUUCCAUCAAUGUGUGCGACUUUCACGGUUCGAAAACGACAGGACAAUCUCCUUCAUUCCUCCGGAUGGCGAAUUCGAACUCAUGUCCUACCGACUAAACACACAAGUCAAGCCGCUCAUCUGGGUGGAGUGCAUCGUCGAAUCCCACUCCGGCAGCCGGAUAGAAUACAUGCUCAAAGCGAAAGCACAGUUCAAGCGCCGUUCGACAGCCAACAAUGUGGAGAUCUCUAUCCCCGUGCCAGACGAUGCGGACACGCCUCGCUUCCGGACAAACAUUGGCUCCGUGCACUACGCGCCCGAAACGUCGAGCAUAGUGUGGAAGAUCAAGCAGUUCGGCGGCGGGAAGGAGUUCCUCAUGCGCGCUGAACUAGGUCUACCGAGUGUACGCGGUGAUGAAGAACGCGGCGGCGGCAUGAUGGGCGGCUUUGGAGGGAGUAUGGGGGGUGUGGGCGGCACGGGGAAGGCGAAGAGGCCGAUUGGCGUCAAGUUUGAGAUUCCGUACUUCACUACUUCUGGCAUUCAGGUGCGGUAUCUGAAGAUUAUCGAGCCGAAGUUGCAAUACCCGUCAUUGCCAUGGGUGCGGUACAUCACGCAGAGCGGCGAUAUUGCCGUCAGAUUGCCGGAUGUACAAGGAUGA